AUGACAACUUUGGCUCAAGUUCCUUCUGUGGGCAGGUGUCCGGAUUUGAAAGUCGUACAAAAUUUUAACGUUGAAAAAUAUAUGGGAAAAUGGUACGAAGCCGGACGAUACUUUGUUUUUACUGAAAUGGGAGGAAAAUGUGCUACCGCCAAAUACUCUUUGAACGACGAUGGCACUAUAAAUGUUUUAAACAGUCAAGUCCAUGCUCUUACUGGAAAAUCCAUGAAUAUUGAAGGAAUUGCGGAAUGGGCUAGUGAAUCUGGCGAAGGAAAACUGUCCAUAUCAUUCCCUAAUCUACCAGCGGUUAUCCAAGGCUCUCUAUGGAUUCUAGAUACGGACUAUGAAAGUUAUGCUGUUGUCUUCUCCUGUCAAGAUUUUAAACUUUUCAACACAAAACAAGCGUGGAUUUUGACCAGGGACCGCGUUCCUAGCGAAGAAGUUCUCCAGAAGGCAUACAAGACAUUCGACGCAAGUGGUUUUAGCAGAAGAUUCCUUAUUCGUACGGAACAGAAAAAGUGCCUCCACUAG